CAGGCGUACAGUAGUUUUACUGUAAACAAGUAGCUGAGCUAGCUUUUCUCCGAGUCGUGUGGGCAUGAGUAAAGGCUUACAGUGGAACCUGGCGUCUUGAUUAAUCUACCUUCAGAAUCAGAGACUUAGCGACAAAUAAUACCGUAAACACGAGUUUAAAUUCCCACCGUUUCGUAUAACAUAAUCAUUCAAUUCUGGAGCUUUCUGUUUACUCCUACCAAAUAGCUGAUGGGGCAAGUUUAUUAGCGUCGAUGAAGUGUUUAUCAGCAUAGGUCACGGUCAGCAUAGAUCACGACAGUUCUUCUCUCUGGUAAUGACCCAGGCUAAUCAUCCCUUUAGGGCCUUAGCCAGAAUGUCUCACAGGAGAAUAUUUCACCGACAGUCCUUAGUCCUAACUGUUUACUUACUCACUGUUUCUCUUGUAUCAGGUAGAGAGUAUUCUGUCACGAGCUUCGUUGGUGACAACGUUCUUCUGCCCUGUGAAGUGGACGUUGACACAUGUGGAAGAGUCUAUUUCAUCACUUGGACUAAAAAUGUUUCAAAUGAUUGGGAGAGAGUGUAUCUAUACAGUGCCAAUUUCGAAACAGCUUUGGGAGAUUUAACAAAUCCUGAUCGAGCUGGAUUUAGAUUGGAAAAUAACUCUGCUUAUCUGACAAUACGUUCACUGCUUUAUGAGGACGAGGGUGUGUACAAGUGUGACGUCACCUACGUAAGAGGAAAAUGUCCAUCUCUAUCGUUUAUCAAGUUGAACACCUUAA